AUGGCGCCCUUCAGGUUCCGGACGAGACGAGGCACGUCUCGUCGGACAGAUCUGUCUUCGAUACCGCCCUCUCGCAGGUCUCCGGAAGACAACUCUGACAGCGACAGCGACAGUGAUGACGAGAACGUCCCUCAGCGGAACGGCCGAGGUGGAAACAAAGGCGAGACGACAACUAUUCAGGCCGUACGCCCUCAGCCGACCAUCGGCAUGCCUCCUGCAGUGACCAGCGCUUCAGCCAUCGGGGGUGGCCUCAACAGGAACGGUCUUGGCAGCGGUAUGGCAAUUGGUCCCGGCAGUAACCAGGGCGGCGGGUCAAGGGAGAGCAUCCCCAACGGCUUCGGCCUGGUCAAUGGUGCUCAGCGAGAAGAGGAAGAAGAGCAUGAGCACGAGCCCGCAGAGACCAGCAAAUCCACGUCCAUAAGAACAUUAACGCCGUUGGUGCCGAAGCCUACUGCCUCGGCAGCCUCGACCGAGACAUCCCGGGCGAGCGUCACCAACACUGCCGCGACGACUGUCGUCACCGAUGCCAAGACCGUCAUCAUUGUCUCGACUGUGAUGGCAACGGCUGAGCCUACGGUAACUGCCAUUCCUGUGAUGUCUGCUAUCGACCCAAAGGGGGAGGCAGCAAACGCAGCUCGGAAAGGCCUCGAGUCGGAAAGCCUCGGUAUCACUAGCAACAUUCGGUUCACCAGCGUGACCUUGGUUCCAACCAUGGCUGACGGCGCAGCCGCAGCGAAUCCCACCGGCGUCACGACUGGCAACCAGAACAAAGGCACCAACAACAAAGGUGGUAUGGAUCCUACAGCCCAACACGCCCUCAUAGGCGCCGGCUCCAUCGGCGUCUUCGUUCUGGUUGCCUUCUUGGGCUGGUUCGUCUGGAGAUACCUCAAGAAGAAGAGAGGAGCGGAGGGCGGCGGCCCCUCGAGCAUGGACGGGCCUUUGCCCAACCGUUUCCUCAACAAGAUCCCGUACUUCAAUCGCCGCGUGAAGGCAUGGCAGAACCUGGAAGGCUCUUCCGCCUCCGGUGUGCAAGAGGUCAAGGGCCCUUUCGACCCAUCAAGGGGCAUGGCCGCCACGGCGGCGCCAGGUUUCUACCAGCCCAAUGCCGCGUAUGCGCAACAACAGUACACCGCGUCUCUACCCGGAGCGCCUCAGAUGGCCGGGGCGGUCGCGCGAUCAAACACCACCGGCUCUGUCUACUCUAGCCAGCGUGGCCCGGGUGCCGACGCAACCACCAGGGGCCCCGCGAUGAGCGAGGCCAACGGCGGCGCCAGACGGUCCGACAUCAUCGACUCGUACUACACCCUCCCCGACGCCUCCCGCGACCCGACCGGCAGCUACGACACGUCGCGGAAACUGAGCAACCGCGACUCGCAGGUGUCGUCCCUGUCCUCGGGCUUCGGCGACUUCGACAUCAUCGUCCCGCAGCAGCCCCCGGCGGCCGCCACCGCCCAGGCGAACGGCGCCUACGGCCCGCCCACGGCGCGCUUCUCGUGGGCGAGCCGGAACGGCCCGGCCCGCCGCGAGACCGUCUACACCGAGACGAGCGAGGACUCGCCGCCCAAGUUCCGCUCCAUCACCUCGUGGGUCAACCAGCAGAGCGGCCGCGUGCGCCGCGCCGCGGCCCGCCAGGAGGAGGACGUCCCGCCCGUGCCCGGCAUGCCCGUCCCCGGCUACCACCAGAUGCCGCCCGAGCAGCGGUUCAACAUGAUGGAGGACGACGGCGAGGUGCCCCGGCGGCCGGACAUGGUAGCGCCGCCUGCCGACACUAGGCGGUAA